AUGUAUGCAAACGCAAAUGCAGCACUGGAGUCAAAAAACAAAGAACAUAAAAUUGAUAAUUCAAAUGAUAAGUUGAACACAGAAGCAUUAAUGAAUGAUGGAAGAGAAGGUAUAUGGAUUGAUGGUGCAACUGAUGAUUUGUAUAUGAACCAGCCAAAUCAAUCUGCUAUACCUGUUAAUCAACUCGGCGCAGCUAUUGCAGAAAAGAGGAAGAAUGAAUAUGAAGGGUUUCGGAAGGAAUAUGCAACAUUUCCCUCAGGCGAAGUACAUAAAUGCGAUGCAGGAAAAUUAAAAGAAAAUGUUACAAAGAACAGAUUCAAAACGACAUUUCCUUAUGAUCAUUCUCGAGUAAUACUUAGAUCAAGUGGUAAAAAUGCAGAUUACAUAAAUGCAAAUUACAUUGACGGGCCUACUCGGAAAAAGGAGUAUAUUGCUGCUCAAGGACCAAAAGAAAAUACACUGGAAGAUUUCUGGUCAAUGAUCUGGCAAGAGAAUAUAUCCAAUAUCGUUAUGCUGACUAACCUCAGAGAAGGAGAAAAAAUUAAGUGUACCCAAUACUGGCCUGACAGUGGCAAAGACGUUAGUUAUGGUGUUGUCUUGGUCAAAUGGAUGGAAGAAAGGGAAUAUGCAUUCUAUGUAAUUCGGAAAUUGAAAGUCAUGAACAAGGAGAUGAACGAGUCACGUAUUUUGACACAGUAUCACUACACAGCCUGGCCAGAUCAUGGGACGCCAGAACCACUGUGUUUAAUCAUCUUCCACAACCACGUUAUCAGAACAAAAACAAAUUCAAACAACGCACCUAUGGUGGUUCAUUGCAGCGCAGGAGUUGGUAGAACGGGCACAUAUAUAGCAUUGGACACACUUCAUCAGAUAGGAAGAAAUACAGGAAAGAUUAAUGUUGCUGAUUGUGUCAGAAAAAUGCGGGAAAACAGAAUGACUAUGGUCCAGACCUAUGAGCAAUACAUCACCAUAUUCCUGACUCUCCACGAAGAUUUCAAAGCGCCCAUGAAGGUAGACAUGAUCGAUGAUUUUAAGGAAAAUUAUAAAAACGCUGGAAAGGAUACGCCAGCCAAUCAGAAUACUUUACGUAAAGAAUUCCAGUUGCUACAGAAGAUUCGUCCUAAUUAUACUGAAGAAGAUUAUAAAUUUGCCAAAGAAAGCUGUGGGCCUGAUAAUCGCAAUGGAAUCCUACCUCUUGAUAAAUACAGCAUUCACUUGUCUUCACAUGUUCCAAAGAGAGGGAACUACAUAAAUGCCAUCUCUAUGCCUUCCUUCACCAAAGCAGGAGGAUUUAUAGUGACACGAUAUCCGUCGGAAGAGGACGCCAUUGAUCUCAUACGCCUACUCAAAGAUCAUGAAUGCGAAACAGUGAUAUGCAUGGACCCAUUAAAAGAGAUUCAGUCCAGUUAUGUUUGGUUGCCUUCAGCUCUAUCCUCCAACAGUGUUUCUCCUUUCAAGGUUAACUGUCAAUCAUGCUCCCAUACCGAUGUCACCAGCAGCACAAUUCGUAUUAUUCGGAAUAAUAAAGAAAGUGAAGCACACACUGUAAGGAUUGUUGAACCGAAGAGCAGAAUUAAGUCGUCUGGAAGGCAAUUGGACACAUCACAGCUUCGGAAUCUUGUAUCAACUGCACUACACACAGAUACUGAAAACCCAGUUGUUGUUAUGAGCAGAGAUGGCGCUUCCCUUUGUGGGGUCUUUUGUGCUGUAUACAGCCUCAUACAACAAAUAAUCAUAGAUGAAUGUGUUGAUGUUUUUACUUCUGUAAGGCAAAUUCUAACCAGAAGACCGGAAUUCUGCACUAACUUUGAGGAAUAUGAGUUGAUAUACAAGGCAGCGUAUGACCACAUUCAAAGUAUAUCGGAAAAUAUUUAUUACAAUCAAUAAGAAGUCAAUGUGUUGACUUGGAUGUACAAUCUUAGUUAUUGAAGCGUGUACCUAUAUUCCUUAUUUUUUUCAAUCA